AGGAAAUGGAAAUGGACAAAGAACCAUAUGAUUAUAUUUUUAAAAUAAUUAUUAUUGGAAAUGGUAGUUGUGGGAAAACUAGCAUAUUAUAUCAUUAUUUGAAUGGGAAAUGUAAAGAGAUGUUAUGAAAGAAAUUAGAACCGAAGAAUGUAGCUUAGACUGUAGGUGUUGAGUUUUCAUCGAAAAUGAUUUAAAUAAAAGGGAAAUCCAUUAAAUUGUAAUUAUGGGAUACUGCAGGUUAAGAAAGAUAUCGAUCUAUUGCAAGAACAUAUUAUAGAGGUGCAUUAGGAGCAAUUUGUGUUUUUGAUGUGACAAAUGCAGAAUCUUUUUAGAAUAUGUAGUAAUGGAUAAAAGAUGCAAGAGAUUUUGCAAGACCAGAUAUAUGUAUAUUAGCAUGUGGGAAUAAGAUAGAUUUGAUCGUAUUAAAUUUAUUUUAAAAAAGGAAUAAAGAAGAAUUACAGAAAGUUAGGUUUAAAAAUUAGUAAAAGAAUAUUCAAUAGAUUCAUACUUUGAAACAAGUGCAGUUACAGGGGAAUAAAUAGAGAAUAUGUUCAUGACAUUAUCAGGAAAAUUAGUUUAAAGGAUAGAUAAUGGAUUAAUAGAGAAAAACGAUUUAAAACCAAUUCUAUUGGCUACACAUUCCUCGAAAGAAGAAGCAAAAGAAUAAACUUGUUCUUGUUGACUUUGUGUGUACAAUUAUAUUUGCAAAUUAC